AUGGUGAAUGUUAGGGUCGAUGGUAAACUGUUUUCUAUUAGAAUUAAAGAGGCAUCGGGGUGGACACCUUCUUUUAAUACAAAUAUUCCUAAGGUAGAAGUUGAAGACUCCGAUGGGGAGGUUUCUUUGGAGAAUAUUGAAAAAGAAGAUGGUAAUUCUUCUUUAAAUGACAAGGAUGAAUCUUUGGAUCCAUUUGGAAUUUAUGAAACUAUGGAACGAAUGAAAGAAGAGGAGAGAAGGAGUAAAAUGCCAACAGGUUUUAAAGGUUGGGGUAAAAGCAAAAAUCAAAGGAAUUCCAAAGUAGAGUUGGAGGGGCAAAAUGGGAAUAAAUUUUCAGAAAAUUUAUUUUAUACUCUUUCAGAAGCUUUGAUGGUGGAGAAAAUUCGUGACCCUUCUCCAGAUUGUUCCUCUGCUAACCUGCUUAUUCACAAAAAUCAGAAUGCAAGCAGUCUUAAAGAUGUUGUCUAG